AUGUACAUACAUAAAUAUAUUAUAAUUAAAAUAUCACUCACAAAACCAACUCACACCCAAAAACGUCAAUAAUUUAGGUUAGAGCAAACGAAAUCAAGAACACAAGCACAAAAAGCUCAAACCUUCGCCGAGUAAUUUAAUUACUAGUCAUCAAUCACAACAUCUCCUUAGUGCAUACAAACAAUGCGCCGUACAUCAAGUGUGUGCCGCGUCAGUCAGCCCACUCCCCACCCCACAUCUCAUCCCACUUCCGUACCAGCAGGCAGCUCAUCAACUGCCACAAAAAUGCCAAUAAAUACACGCGCACAAAGCGGUGACACCGAUCAUGACAGCAACGACAUACCGCGGCGUGAGUCCCUGCACAAACCUACAUGGCAAUACAAUAUCCCCGGGCAGUCGCAACCGAGCACGGAUGCCACAAAUGCGCCCAGCAAAAGCAUAAAUGUCACAUCAGACUCAGACGAUGAAGAUGAUGAAUAUUUGCGGCGCCCAAGUAUCGUUAAGCAUCAUCACUACUAUCAGGAGAAGGAAGUACAGCAACAGUUGCAAUUACCCACGAAGCCAUUACAACAAUUACGGCGUACCAGUUUACAUAGUGGCGUUUGUUUCAAAGGCACCAAAAAUAGCGGUAACACAAAAAUUACACGACACCACACCAUUGCCAGUGCUGAUUUAAAACCGACUGCCGAUAGUAGUUUACCUGCACGGCGCAGGAGUAGUUUGACACAAUCGACACGAUCAUUCGGAUUGAUGAUGCACAAUACUGGGGAGCUUUCAAGGACUUGCAACGCUCACGAUACCACUGCGGCAUGUCCUAACUUCUCCAGAUCUAUGGAUGGUGCAACAUUUUGUAGACAGGCCGGGCGUGCUUUAAUGCGUAUGGUUUCAUUGGGUACACAGCCGAAUGUUCAUGUGGCGCCACCAACCAGCAACGUCAAGACUUAUGCUGAUGGUGAGGAGGAAUACGACAUGAUGGGAAAGGUGAUUAUGUUGGGUGACUCUGGUGUUGGAAAAACUUGUCUGCUCAUACGAUUUUAUGAUGGAAAAUAUAUGCCACACUAUUAUAUAACUACAGUAGGCAUUGAUUAUCGGAACAAAGUUGUGGUUGUGGAUGGCACACGCGUCAAAUUGCAAAUUUGGGACACAGCUGGUCAGGAGCGAUUUCGCAGCGUCACACACACCUAUUAUCGCGAUGCCCACGCACUUCUACUCUUGUAUGACGUCACCAAUAAAACCACUUACGACAACAUUCGCGCUUGGCUGGGCGAGAUCAGAGAUUAUACUCAGGACGAUGUGGUGAUUGUGCUUAUUGGUAACAAGGCAGACUGCAGCAAUAGUGAACGACAAGUAAAACGUGAGGAUGGCGAACGUCUAGCACGUGAGCACAAUGUCCCCUUUAUGGAAACAUCGGCAAAAACAGGAUUGAAUGUAGAACUUGCUUUCUCUGCUGUGGCCAGGCAAUUGAAGUGUCGAGGCACCGUCAAUGGUGAUGAUGGCAAAUUUAAUGUCCACGAUUACGUACGCGAUAAUACACAAGCACGCACAAUGUGUGCACAGUGCAAAUCGAUGUAGACACGGUGGUAACUGGGAAUUAUCACUAGUACAUACUAAUUACUUGCCAAAAAAAGUUAUUAAUUAAAAGAAAAAAACUGAAACAAUUAAAUGUAUAAAAUAAAUAUUCAAAGCUUUA